AUGAUCCUGAAUGAUUCUUUACCAUAAUUGAAAAUGGAGAAAACAGCCUAGUUUUUUAACCCCAGAAAAACCAUUCUCAAAUAGUAAACCUUAAAAAAAUUGUAACCAAUCAUUGAUGAGUAAAUUGUUAAAGAAUUUUCUGUUCCUACAUUUAGUAAAAAACUAAGUUAGUAAGAGAUUAUUGACUUUGAUCAAAUAGUAUAACAACAGCUUCAAAUAUAUAAUUGCCAAACGAAUAUUUUGCAAAUUAAUCAAAAUUUUAACAAUCUCCAUAUUUUAAAGUCUUCAUAACAAUCAAAGAGAAAUUAGACUCCUUUAAAAUCCCUCCUAGAAGUUUAAGCAAAAUUAUUAUUGCCCAAAUGUUAAUCUACUCAUCUCACAGUUAACGAAUAAAGUAAAUAAUCUACACCUGAAAAAUGUAGAAGAAACAUAAGAGUUUUGCUCAAUCCUUUUAAUUUUGAAAGGAAGUCAUAAGAAAAAUAAUAGAAUAGAAGCUCUUCACAAAGUUUAAGGCCUUCAAAAUCAUAGGGAAGAACAUUUUUAUAAAGAAAAGCAUAAGUUGGUGUUUUAAAUAGAAUAUUCUCUUCCAGAUCACAGGAGAAAAUUUGA